AUCGAUUCUCAGCACUAUUUUAGAGUGACCACAGCACAUAACAAAAAGUGGUGAAUGAACAGCAAAGUUGCCGCUGUUUUUGUUUGUGUAAUAAAUUUGUGAAAUUAAAUAGCAAAACAAAAUGAGCGACAAUCACAAAGAUUUGUAUAAAAGAAGCGUGGAUCUGGGGGAGCAGCAAAAGCUGCGUCAAUUGCAGCUACUCGACGAACAAAAGUUGCGAAGACAAUUGCAGCAAGAUGCGGCGCGGCAUGUACAAGACUCUGAAGAAGAAGAAGAGGAAGGGGAGGAAGAAGAGGCACCAACACACAGCAGAGCGCAACGCAGACAGCGCAAGAAGAAGCAGCAGAACAAUAACAAUGCAGCGAAGCGCGGCCAACAACACUUUAAACUACAACAGUCAGAGUGGCUGCGUCAACGACCCGAGAAUCUCAGCGACUGGCUGCUGUUGCCUUCUCCCGUGGGCCGGCGUUGCAUGGUCAUUGCCACCCACGGACGCACCAAGGUGCACAACAAAGCGGGCCGCAUAAUCAUGCAGCUGCGCACAAUGCUGCCAGGAGAUGCGCACAUGCAAAAAUGCAAGACAGUGUUGGACUGUAUUUAUGUGCAGGAGACAGACACGUUUUAUGUUCUGGAUGCCUUGACAUUUGGACAACAGCAGCUGCAGGAUUGUGAUGCCAACUUUCGCUUCUUUUGGCUGCGUUCACGCUUCGAUGAGCAAGCCAGCGAGUUGGCACAGCGUGGGAAGCGCAAUGAAAAACCCUUCAAACUGCUGGAAUACUACGAUUUUGAGGAUGCGAACGUAGUGCACGAGAUGCUGCAGCGUUAUCCGCUGUGGGAAGCUAAUCAACCGAAGCUGGAUGGUCUGCUCUUCUACCACAAGGAAGCGAGCUACACUUGCGGCAGCACGCCUUUGGUCUGUUGGUUGUUUGCCUUCAUGAUGCCCGAUGUGCUGCAGUUGCCUGUUAAUAGCAGCUAUGUGGCUCCCGAGGAUUAUCAACCAAGUGCUGCGCUGGCUUAUAUGGAUGACUUUGAUCAGCAGCUGUUGCAGCAACGACAACAGCAGAAGCAGCGUGGCAAGGCAGCUAAAGAAGAGACUGCAACUGUUUCCACAGCUGCUGCCAUGGAGCAAGAACAGGAGCAACACGAUGAACUGGAUGAGUAUGCAGAGCUGCGCAGUCUGCUGGAGCAUCAGCGACGUCUGGAGCUGGGUGAACUGGACAUGGAUUGCACGCCACCAUCAGCAGCAGCAACAACAUCUGCAGCAUCAACAGCUGUUGGCAGCAGCUGCUGAGCUGUGAU